AUGCUGUGCUACACUGAGGCGUCCUCGGCCGGCGCCGAAGCGGCCCCCAUCUCCUCCAGUAUCGUCAUCGGCUGGCUCCGCUCAGCCCUCAGCGACCACCUCCUCUCAGCCGGCGGCGCCAGGCGGCCGCCCAGGACAACGGCCAGGCAGAAGGCGGCCAAAGCCAGUCUGUCCGAAUCUCGUCUGCUGGCCAGCGACUCGACCGCCUCGCUGCGGGCGUCACUGCGCUCCUCCAAGAGUCUGAGCAGCCUGGCGCGCUCCGUUCUGCCCGACGCCACACAGUUCACACUGGAUAUCAUGCGCCAGCAACUGCAGGAGGAGGAGCGUCACUCCCACCACCGGAUGACGCUGCUCCGAGUCCAGGAGAAACAGCUGGUCGACUCCACCACGGCCCAGAUCAAACGCCUAGAGAUGGAGAAAAGGAAAUGCAAAGAGGAAGGUCAGGAUGAGAAGGUGUCGGCCAUCCGCAAGAAGCAAAGAGCACUCAUUAUGAAGCUGAAUCAGAGGAAGGCCGAAAUCGAAUGGCUGAAGGAGGGCGAGCAGCUGGCUGCCAAGGACCGCCAGCUGAUCGCCUCCCAGCAGGAGCAGCUGGCGCGCGCGCAGCUGACGGGCCGGGACCGGGGCGGCGGUACAGAACGGCCCACCCAGCCGCAGCAGCCCGCCACCAAAUGA